GGCAUCUCACACGGCGAUAACAAUCAGCUAAGGUUAGAGGUGCAUACUACCUAAGGUAUCCGUAAUCCGUAAUGUUGCCUCGGUACAGUACCUUUCUCCUGCAAUGAUCGUUGAAUAACCUUUGCCCAGUGAGAACCCCAACAGCAAAAACAAGCAACCGCUUCUUUGGGCGGUAUUUUGGCAGGCAGUCCGAUUAUAACUCGGAUUGAAAGCGGUUACGAAAGGAUCAAGUUGCUAGAGCAGUUGUGCCGUUGGAUCUUGUGCGAGACGAUGGCCUGGGACUCAAAGGCCUCACGUCGGCGCCAGAGCAGCGCCGCAUCAGGGACCAAAAACAUUGCCAUACAAGCCAGACAGCAGUCAAGACGGGUCGUCCAACCGCAGUCUCCGCAUGUGGCCGACCCCUUUCUCCAGCACUUCCUGGGCCCAGCAUUUGACCCUGCUGCCUACCUCAACGCCGCCCUACCACCCUUACAAACGUCAUCCAGAGUUCCAGGCAGCCAGGGUGCAACUCAACCGGGCGCGGUGCCGCUCGCAGAGCUCUCCAUCCAGGCGCAGUCCGUGCUCUCACAGCUCAGCGCUCAUACAACCAGACUCACCAACACCUUGACGGAGCUCACAAACGACAUCCUGAGGAGCGGCGGUCGCCUAGCCUACGAGGUGGAACUGUUGCGGGGCGAGACUCUGGGACUGGCAGAGACCCUGACGGAGCGGCUGGAGGACGACAUUGCGAAGUUUGUGCCAGGCGGCAUCCGGGACAACCUCGCCGAGCCAAAGGCAGCAGCCGACAGCCAUGGCAGCUCGUCAUCACACCAACGGCGCAUGUCGAUUCUCGCGCCGCCGGCCGCAGCGACCACGGCCGGUGCGAGCACUCCCAAUGAAGCCACGACCGCUACGUCCGCCGCAGCCCAGGCACCCUCACCAGACGAACCCGCUUCCAUCGCACAGCUGCGCACUCUGACACUAGUGCGCUCCCGGCUCGACUCGGUAAUCAAGACAUUCGGCGAGGCCAUGGAAUUCGUAUUCCCACCCUCCGAAGUCUCCGUGAGCUCCUCCUUCUUGUCCGUCUCGGCCCCCGACGCCGGCGGCGAGAACCACAGCACCGAGGAGAAAGGGCAGCAGGUUCUCCAGGCGCUCCGGGACGAAAUAUCCCGGCUACUCAACCACCCUUCGGACCCCAUCAAGGGCAUUGAGGACGCUGCCCGUCGCAUCGAAGAGCUGAAGGAGCUCGCGACGGUAUGGAAGGGCACCGCCGAGGAAAAGGGCCGCACCAAGUUCAUCGAGAGCUUGGCUAGGACGGUGGAGGACCGGCACAGGGAGCUUCUGCGGGAGGUGGAGCAGUCGAGUAAUAAUCGACGCGAUAAUACUUCCAGACCACCGCAACUGGAAGCGGGCGCAGCGGGGAAGGCUGCUGCCGACGCAGACGCCGGGCAGGCCGAAACUAGAAGCUACGGUGCCUAUGGCCUGAUCAGCCAGCUCCAGAAGUUGAGGAAUGGGCUAUAAUCUGGGGCACACCUAAGUAGACUUGAUAUCGUAUGUGUAUCCGGCGUACCGGUCUGCCGAUCUAAACCUGUGGUCCGUUUUUCAAAUAUGUGCCUAC